AUGUCGAAGAGCGUCGAAGGCGAAAUCGAAGUGUUGGGCUUCGAACGCCACGUGGCCGGCGCUAAACGCUGGUCGGAAAGGGGUUAUAAGCAGGGUAGACUUAGCCUCAUUUUCCCCAUCCCAUCGUUCCUUCAUCGCUACCUCGCCGUCCUUCCUCGCACGCCCUCUGCUUCCACGAUGUCUUCUCGCUCCGCCACCCCUGCGUCGACGCCUUCGCUCGUCAACCGCCGCCUCGCCUCUCUGCUCGUGGUCCUCGAGGCUCCGCCGACCGCCGACGCCGCGCUCGACGUGGUCGAAGAGUGGGCGCAAGACUUGUCGCCGCUCGUCGCCCUGGGCGCCAUCCGCGACAAGGAGACGGAGUUGCGCGUUGCCGCCGCCGUCAAACAGCUCACCGAGCGGGCGUCGGAGUCCUGGGUUGAGUGGGCGCGCGGUGACUGGCCCGAGCUCGCGACCGCCAUCGACGCCGAGGUCGAACGACGCGUCGAAGAGCAGAAGCGCCUCGCCGAAGAGGAAGCACGACACGUCGAAGAGGCUGCGAAGCGUGCGAAGGCCGCCGAGGACCGUCGCCUCGAAGACGAACGUUGUCGAAAGGACGAAGAGGACCGUCGCAGGCAGGCCGAAGAUGAGUGUCGCGCACAAGAGGCCACCGAUGAGGAGUUGGCGAGGAUCGCGGCCGCCGAGGGACUUCUCCCUGACCCCGCGCCUGCCGGUGUCGACAAGGGGAAAGGGCGCGCGAGGGUCGACGAGGAGGUCACCGAGUUGUCGGACGACCCUUCGGUCAAGACUCCUCGGACGGUCGAACGCCCGUUCGCGAUGACGGAGGUCGACAUGGCCGCCGCGGCGAUUGUGAAGCGCCAGGCUGGACAGAAGGUGCGCGCAGUUCCAACAGGGCUGCUACUUCGACAAGGUGUCCGUGCUUGGGAAGACGAAGAAAACGCGCGGCGGAGGAUCAACCACAAAAAAAGCGCAGCUUUCGCUGACAACUUAGUAGUUCGGCCGACCUCUCCUGUGCCUUCGGUCGCGGACUCGAGUGGUUCGAAGAAGCAUCGAGUCGACGAGCCCCUGCGCCCCUUGCUACGACUGCCUCUCGAUGGGGCCGGCCGCCUGGGCCUGGAACAGGACGACCUCGAUGCGCUCGACCUCGACGACGAGUCUCGGGGGAUCAUUUGCGUCAUCCGCGAGGAGCGCGCUUUCAUCGCGCGCCGUCGAGCGCUCCUCCACGACAUGGACCUCGACCUCCAGAAGAUGGAGAAGGCCGCGCUCGCGAAAGGAGGAAUCGGACGAAACCUAGCGGGAACUAAGAGAAAGGAAAUGAAAAUAAGUGUGUUCGAAGCUCAGUUUGUCAUCACAGCCUAG